ACGGAUCGGGUCGGUCGCAAAGACGUUCUCCAAGUUCCUGCCGGUUUCUGUUUUCUCUUUGCGUUCUGCAUCUCGCGCCGUAUUAUUAUCGGAACCGAAAAUCGUACCUAUAUUUUGGGGUGAACGAAAAGCGAACAGAAUACGCGCGGUUUUUCGAAAUGGUGUCGUGAUUUUGAGUUGCUGUUUAUUUUUGCCAUUUUUUGCAUUACCUGCUGCAGUGGGAGGCACAGCGGCUGCCACGAGUUUACAGUUGCGGGUGGACAGGACGGAGGUGUUUCACUACGAAAGUACCGCUCCGAUUUCAAACUGUACAAAACUAGAGCAGGAGAGACGUUACAUUUGGUGCGAUGCCGGUGGUGAGGGUGGUUUGAACGAGUAAUAGUUUUUCGUCUAUUCACACAUGACUGAACUAGUGGCAAUUAGAAUUUUUUUUGAUCAUUUGUCGUUGACCGCCCUAGUGUAGUUGAAUAUCAGAGAAACAGUAGAACCCGAUUGGGGGCGAUGCCCUGCUCCUAGUGCAUAUAUGCUGUAUCUGGAUCUUUGACAAAACGUUAUCACGGUAAAUAUUUUAGUACGACCCACAAACCUCAAAACCUAGACGAUGUGUAAAAGUUGUCAUGUAAAAUCAUAACUACAACUGGAAAACUUAAAUUGCCCUGUACAGCAGCAGUGAUGAUUGGCGAUAGUGAGCGCGGUGAAUUAUGACUGGCGUGGAAAUUAUGUACAAAGUGUGAAGGACUCAGUGGAUUAGUUGAAGGAAAAUUUUUUACCUUCAGCUGUACGUUGCUUAUGGCAGCCGUACGUACCUGCGUCCUCUACUCUAGAGUUAUUCUCCCCGAUUCGCGCUAACACAUGAUGUAGGUAUGUGGCAUUGGUGGUAAACUUGGUUCAAAGCUGAAGGGAAUCAAAGCAGUUCGGACUAGCAAAGUAAAAAGCUUGUUUAUGGCAGCUGGAAUGCUUAGUUUCAUUGGUGCGAUGACCAGCGAUUUGAGAAAAAGAAUGCUGCAGUUUCUAUGUUUAUAGUGAUGAUUUUGAUAAGCUGGAACUAUUAGUUUCUUUUAAUAUACCAAAGCCCAACAACGCGAUGGAUAUAUCUCCAAUGAAAAGCAACCGCAAGGUUCGAUUCUCUCUUCCGGACAGUAACAUUCCCACGAUUUCUGCUGCUGGACCACAGCAGAAACAGCGCCUGUACCACGGGACGCUGCAGUACGUAAACGGGACCCUGGUCAGCCAACCGGCCACACCCGCGCCAAGUCCACCAACCGUUGGUCUCGAAGUGAACCGUCAGCAACCGCAGCUGCAACAAACACCGCUGAGACCGCCGAAGACAAAAGACUCGAACACUAAAAUUGUCCUCCAUUUGCGACCUUCUACUGGCGCAGAUAAAUUUGAAAAUGUAGACAUUUUAGGUAAACCGGCCGCUGCCGGUACUCUCGACAAGGGUUCAAGAAAACCGUCGAAAGCCGGUGUGUCAAAAACAGAAAACAGAACUUAUCGAACACUUCCGCAAAUCAAUCAAAAAUUUCCCAGCAGCGAAGAUUUAAACCAUCACUCGAACGCCCCUCGAGAAAUUUGCCACCGACAUAAAUCAAAUGACGAUCCUGGACCCAAAGAUGCCAAUAAUAACGCUCACCAAGCUAGAAAACAAACUGUCACACUAAGAUCGCUUUCGAAUCUUAAUCCUCCCACGGUGGGGUCAAAAGCAGCUUCCGGUCGACCACGUUCCAAAUCGGUAGGUAAAAUCAGCUCGUGCAAAAGUGGAAAACCGCUGAUUUCUUCGCAUCUGCAACAGCAGGAAAGCAACAUUACAAUUAAAGUACAGGAAAGUUCACCGUCACGGAGAGUUAGUCUGGCGGAAAAUGCUGAUUCUAGCUCAAACAGCAAACGUCAUGGUAUGCCAACGAAUGGAGGAAACGGAGGCGAAGGUGAAUCAAUUGCCGCCAGUCCUAUCGCGAGGCCAAAAUCCCAGUAUGCCCACUGUAACUUCCUAACGGUGCCAGAGUUCACCGAUCGGUACGAAGGCAUGGAAACUGUUGUUUCCGCAUCGGUCACUGCCGCCCCCGACGAGGACGGGGAAGACGAAGACGGCGCUGGAGAGGACACCCGACUGAAUGAUAAUCGAACUAAUGCUGUCGACAUUAUCGAGUUGAGGAAAAGUGGCGGAACUCGUGGAUCGAGGCGAGCUGUUAAUGGAAAUAACAUCGAUGCUAAUAGUGCAGAGAGCGAACCGAGAACCACCCUAUCGAUGAACGACGCAAACUUCAAGUGCAUCCAAGACACGAACCUGGGCCGGGACAAAAAUGUGAUCCAGUUUUGGGACUUUGUCGAGCGGUGGCGUGCUAACCGAACGUUGAAAAAGCUCGACCACAGCAGCUUUGCCAGCAACGGAGCUGACAGUGCCGGCGGCAGAGGAAAUGGACUGAACGGCUGCUACGCGAACGGAUCCAGCAAUCCGUCGCUGUCGCCGUCGUCGUCGUCGUCAGUGCAGAUCGGUGGUUCGGGCAAGUCGGACGUUAAAAGCCCAACGCUCAGUUCCCGGAUUCGAGCCCUAAGGAUGAGUAUGGAACAGGUGCCCACAGUGACGACGCUACUGCGGGCAUCGCGCGAUGCCAACGAGCACCUGUUGAAGGAAGUCUUCAGGGAUAUCCUGGAGAAUGGCAUUUCGCGAGAAAACCUAAACUCGACGGAUCGCAGUGGAAGGACUGCCAUAUCGUAUAUCUGCUCUACCAACUUGACAAACUUUUUGGAACUUUUUCUACAACUGCCCGGCAUCGAUGUGAAUAAACCGGACAACGAGGGCAACACACCGCUGCAUUUCGCAGCCCAGGCUGGAUUAUCCGACAUCGUCAACAUGCUCAUCACCAAAUGCCGAAGUUUGGUAAUUGACCCCAAAAACAAUCUCGGUUUCACGCCGUUGAUGAAGGCUGCCCUGCAGGGAAGGACUCGCUGUGCAAAGCUGCUACUUUUCGCUGGGGCAUCGCCAGUCGAGACCGACACCGGACGAGGCUUUAGAGCGGAACAGUGGGCCCGAUUUUGUGGACGACACACUUGUGCUGAAACGAUAGAACAGUGUGCCCGUGCCAGGUUACUAGACAAAUCGACACCCUGCGGCAAAUGGUCUCACGACAUAAAUCUUCCGAUUGAGAAAAAUGUCCCCCUGAAGGCAACUAGAAGUAGCAGCAUCACACCACAAACAACCACUCAGAACGGUAUCCGUUCUAAGUUCCGCAAAGUAUUUCCCUUCAAUUUCUCCUCAAAAGACAAACACACGACAAAGGAAGUGGAUGAGAAUUAUACCAAAGAUUUGGUGAACUAUCUCAAAUCGGCCACAAUCUGUGUCAGUGGGCCAGCGCUGUCCGCCAAUAGGAAAAUUAUACAGAGCCUUAUACGACCGCUAGAAGUGCCAAAACUAGAAGUGACCUACGCCAACAAUAAUUCGCUCAUCAAAAAGUACGAGGCUGCAGACUACGGAUACAACGGCGCCACCGGAAAUGACGACGAACGACGGGAUUCCACGGGUUCGGUCGACAGUCGACACUCGACGCCCCAACACUCGCCAGUUCCAGCGACAGCUAGAGGAAAGGUUAAAAACUAACCGCCAAACAACACCAACCAUCGUGCUUAAGUACUAUAGCUUCCCGUUUGCUAAUAGUUGUUACACACUUAAACUUAAUAUUCAUUAUACCUCUAGUGGAUACACCAAAAAGUGCAUUGAAUUGAUAUAUCAGAUUUUCUACUAACGUGUCUAAGAAACUUAGCUAAGUAAAGUUCUUCUGUAGAAUGUAGCUGUGCGAAUGAACUUUAAUACGAACUCCACUCUAAAUAGACUGUGAAGGAGAAAAUUUUCUUACUGAAGACUAUAUAAUAAAUAUUUUCAUGAAUCUCUAUACAAAUUAUACGAAGAGCUAUCCCUUCUGUGCUAGUUAGCAACUCUCCUACAUUUACGGCCGAUAUAAAAAAAUGAUAGGUUCUUAAAAUGUUAGAUAAUGCACAGCAUCAUUAAACUUGUCAGUAAUAAACUAUACACAUAACCGGA